AAAUCCCCAAACAAAAAACAAAACCAAAACAAAAAAAUCAUUAGUAAAAUUUACUCUUUUAACUUUUAUUAAAACAAAAACAAAAAAAUCAUAAAAAAUUUAAACAAUUUUAAAUUAUAACUUAAUGAUCUUAAAUUCUUAAAGAUCUAAAACUCCAAAACUCUUUAACAUAAUUAAAACAAAAAAACACAAAACUACGCUUUUAAAUUAAAACAACUUAAAAAAUUUAAUAUAAAUUUAAAAAACCAACAACAACAACAACAAAAUUCUUCUUAAACUUGUGCUAAGCGCAAUCAAAAACAAAUACAAAAAAAAAACUCAAAACUAAAUUAAGUCCAGUCAGCGCGUUUUUUCUUUCUUAGAGAACCCAAACCUCCUAAAACGCUCAACUAUAUUUUGUUGCUUAAUCCAAGUCUGCUGCUACUGUAAACGAUAAAAAGCCUCAAAAUUACACUCCAACAGCAAAGACAUCAACAACAAACACCAGCCCAACAACUCAAAAUGACCAAUGCCAUGGAUAUUGUUAAGAAUGGCAGUGCCAAUGGUUCGGUCGAUGGCAACUCAGAUGAGUCGCGCACCAAUUUAAUUGUCAACUAUCUGCCGCAAACCAUGACACAGGAAGAGAUGCGUUCGUUGUUCUCGAGCAUUGGUGAGCUGGAGAGUUGCAAGCUGGUGCGCGAUAAAGUCUCAGGUAAAUUGGUCUUGCCAGCCUCUUUGACAGCUUUAAAUCCAGCUUUACAGCAGGGACAAAGUUUGGGCUAUGGUUUCGUUAACUAUGUACGUCCCGAGGAUGCUGAGAAGGCGGUUAACACUCUAAAUGGUUUGCGUUUACAAAAUAAAGUUAUAAAAGUAUCAUACGCCCGUCCAAGUUCGGAAUCAAUUAAGGGUGCUAAUUUAUAUGUAUCGGGUCUUCCCAAAAAUCUAUCACAACCAGACUUGGAAUCAUUAUUUGCACCAUAUGGCAAAAUAAUAACAUCUCGUAUACUCUGUGAUAAUAUAUCGGGUCUCUCAAAGGGUGUUGGUUUUAUACGUUUUGAUCAACGCAACGAAGCCGAACGUGCAAUACAAGAACUGAAUGGUAAAACUCCUAAAGGUUAUACAGAACCUAUAACUGUUAAAUUUGCCAAUAAUCCAAGCAAUAGUGCUAAAGCCCAAAUCCCACCACCUUUGGCUGCUUAUCUAACACCACAAGCAGCUGCUGCUACACGUCGUCUAGCUGCCGGCGCCUUGCCCUCGGCUGGUCGCAUUAGCAUUGGAAAAAGCCCGAUGUUAGCGAUUAACAAGGGUUUACAAAGGUGAAUUAAUUUAUUUAUAAUUUUAUUUGUUUAUCAAAAAAUAACAACAACAAAAAAAAAACUGUAAUACUAAGUUUAAACUAAAAGUUUUU